AUGGCAACUAAAACAGUUACAAUUCAUUGCCAGGAAGAGCAAGCACACCAGAUGUCCCACAGUAUGGCGAUGUCUUCACAGAUCAGGAAAAAGGCAUUUAAAUCCAGAAAUGAAGAAGCAUCUUACUCAGAGUUCUAUCCCAUCAUUCCCGGGGACCUGAUGUCUGCAAAGGAGCUUCUGGAGAUCGGCAGCUUCCCACGACACAGGACAUGGGAAGUCCUAAAACAUACCAUGGCUGAAGAUGAGCAGCGAGUAAGAGACAAAUGGACCCUGUUUGGAAAUGAGGCUGAGAAAGUGGAGGUGGAGGUGAUCCGGAACCAACGCACUGUCCGGACCAGGGCGGACCGCCUAGCACUGCGUCAGCAGGCGGAGCGCAAGGCUGCAGCCCACAUGAAGUUCGUAGAGGACCUGAGCCUGAAGCCCCCAGAUUUCCCUGUCCCACUCCGGAGCCACUCUGUGUGGGAGGGCAUGGGAGUCACGCUGACCUGCACUGUGCAGGGCUGCCCCACCCCACAGGUCACCUGGUACAAGGAUGGGGUUCCUCUUUGUUCAUCCCACCAACCCUGGAACUACAAAUUGAAGCAGACGUAUGGCCUUAACUGCCUUGAGAUCCGGAGAACAUCAGUAGAGGAUGCAGGGGAGUAUAAGGCUGUGGCCUGGAGCUCGCUUGGUGAAGCCAUGACAUUUGCCACCUUGCAAGUGAACUCAUAUAAAGAUGGCAAGGCUGGACUGGGACUUUGCCAGGCCUCAUCCCCGGUUGUGGAGCAGGAAGCCCAUUUUGAGGACACCUUUCCCCCCACUUUCAUCACAGAGGGAGAACCUUUCACCCUCCAUUGUGGCUUCUCAUCACCAUUGCUACCCUUCCAGCAGGAUGUGACCUGGCUGAAAGAUGGAGUCCCACAGUGUGAAUCCAGCAGGGUGCUGCUCCAGACCACCCUCCGGUCCACCUCCAUGACCCUGAAGAGCGUUCACAAGGAGCAAGAGGGGGUGUACACUGUAUGCUUACGUACACAGGAAGGGAUCAAAGAGCACAGUGCAUAUAUCUAUGUCAGAGACGGGACAGCAGCGAUGCCAGGGGCACCAGGCUCACCCCUGGAUGUGCAGUGCACUGAUGUGAACAAGGACUACGUGUUCCUCACUUGGAAACCCCCCAGUGCAGAUGGAGCCAGUGCUGUGAGGGGUUACUUUGUAGAGAGCUGUGACAUCAGCACAGGGGAAUGGAUGCGCUGCAGUGACUCUCCACAGAAAGAGUGCCACUUCCCUGUAAGGGGUCUAAAGGAGAAUACCAUGUACCAGUUCCGUGUCCGGGCGGAAAAUCAAGCUGGUGUGGGUCGGCCCUCCAGGUCCUCUGAACCUGUCCUCACCUCUGACCCUGCGGAGCCUGGCAGAAUCAUGGUGGUCAAAGUGCACAACGGAAAGGAGAUUGUUAUCAGCAAAGACCAGCUGGAAGGUGAAGUCCGGGUACCCCUGCCGCCUACAGGUGUUCACGCCUGUGAGGUCAGUGACUCCUAUGUGGUCUUACACUGGACUGAGCCAGAUCCACGUGGCCGUGAACCGCUUACCUUCUACGUGGAGCAGUCUUUGGCCGGACAGAACAGCUGGCACCUAGCCAGUCUGGAUCAGAUAGUGGCCUCUCCUAGGUUCGUCCUCUUCGACCUGCAGAAGGACAAAGCCUACUGCUUCCGUGUGCGCUCCAUCAACAAGUACGGUGUGAGCGAGCCCUCCCUGCCCAGUGUCCCCAUCUCGCUGGGGGACCCCCAAGCACCCCCCCAACCACCACAUGCUGUGCAGGCUUUCCGGGACACAGACACUUCAGUCCUGUUGCUGUGGAAGGAGCCCACGGUUACAGGGGGAAUCCUGGGCUACUACCUGUAUUGCUGUGAGGCUGGAACAGACAACUGGACAACGGUCAACAACAAGCCAACUACUGGCACCAGGUUUACAGUGCAUGGGCUCGCUACUGGAAAGAAAUAUGUCUUUCGAGUGAAAUCAGUGAGCCAGGCGGGUAACAGCAAGUACUCAGAAGAGUCCACUGCCAUCCAGGUGAAAUCAGCCCUCUGCGCCCCAUCGAGACCCUCAGGCAUUGCCCUACUCAACUGCACAGGGACCGAGAUGGUGAUCGGCUGGAGGGCUCCUGCCAGCAAUGGUGGGGACCCCAUUAGAGGUUACUACCUGGACCAGAGAGACACAACAUCCACAGACUGGCAUGAGGUCAAUGUGAAGCCCAGCAAAGAGAGGGUUUACAAGGUUGACAGCCUCUUGAGAGGGCUUUGCUACCAGUUCCGGGUUUUUGCAACCAAUGUGAUUGGUUUAGGGAAACCCUCUGAUCCCAGUGAAGCGUUUCUCUGCGAACCAUGGACCAUGGCAGAACCAGGGUGUCCCUAUGACCUGGUGUUGAGAGAGGUACGCAGAAAUUCAUUGGUCCUACUGUGGGAGAAGCCACUGUAUGAGGGACAAAGCCAGGUCACUGGCUACCUGGUGGAGAUCAGCACACCGGGAGAGGUGGAGAACUGGACUGCGGUGACCUCAGGGCUAACCACAGACACUCAUCUCAGGGUGUCAGGUUUGGAUGCAGGUAAAACCUAUAUUCUGCGCGUGUCUGCAGUCAAUGGGGCUGGAGUAGGCAUGCCCUCGCUACCCUCUCAGCCCGUCACUGCUCAGACAAAGCCAGGAACAAAGGAUGUGGAGAUUGGCGUGGACAGUGAUGGCUUUAUUUUCCUGGGACUCGAGGCUCCCAGAUGGGUUGAUGGCAGCCAGCUGUUGUGGUCCAAGAACUACCGAGAAGCCAUCGAUGCUGGGCGAGCACGUGUGGAGGCCACAAAAAACAGGUCCACACUCACCUUCACGAGCCCCACUGAGGAGGACCUGGGACUGUACACUGUGGAGUUGAUUGAAAACCCAGAUGUCUCCUCUAGCUACCAGUUCACUGCAGAGGAUCUCGAGAGGAUGCUGGAGCUUAGCUGGCAAAUCAGAAACCCAUUGAUCACCCUGAAGACCCCCUGGCAGGUGGAAGUGACACAGCAGGGUGCUGUGCGGCUGUGGCUGCAGACGGAGCCACUGACAGAGGACGCCGAGCUCUGCCUCGUCUUCAACGACAAGGAGAUCUCUAGCAGACCUGAGCGAAAGAUUAACUUCCAUAAAGCCAGUGGGAUUGUGGAGAUUCUGAUUGACCACCUGUCCCCAGCAGACGAAGGCUCCUUCACCGCCCAGCUUCGAGAUGGACGGGCAAAGAACCAGUUCACCCUGGUUUUUGUGGAUAAGAAGUUCCACCAGACAAUGACACGGGCUGAGGCCAACAAGCGAAACUGGAAGAGAAAGUCAGGACCGCAUUUCCUGGAGUUCUUGUCUUGGAAGGUGACCGAGGAGUGUGAAGUAAUAUUCAGAUGCAAGGUCACCAAUGUGGGUAAAGAUACUCGGUUGAAAUGGUUCAAAGAUGGAGGGGAGAUCACAGAAUUUGUGCAUGACCAGCAGACUGGAAUUAGCACCUUCACCAUUGCACAGGCCACCAAGAAGGAGGCAGGUGUCUACAAAACGGUGGUUUCAGACAUCAGGGGAGAAGAUGUGAGCACCCUGGAGAUGGUGGAUGGAGAGUUCGAAAAGCUUCAGCAACACCUCAGCAAGCAGUGUGCACUCUCUGCCGGUCCCAUUGAAGUCCAGUCGACCGCUCAGGGUUUCAGGCUCUGCUGUUCUCUAAAGUACUACCUGAGCUACCUGAAGACGAGCUGGUUUUUCAAAGAGAAGAGGAUUGACCAGCAGGACAGGACUCGGCCUGGCAGCAGCAUGCAUAAGGUGUGGAUAGAGAUCAUAGGCCCCACCGAGAACGACAAGGGCAAAUACAUUCUGGAGAUGUUUGAUGGGAUGGAGACACACAAGCGCACCCUGGACCUUUCUGGACAAGUAUUUGCUGAUGCCAUGUUGGAAUACCAGAGGCUAAAACAAGUGGCAGUUGCAGAAAAAAACAAAGCAAGAGUGACAAAGGGCCUCCCUGAUGUGGUGGCUAUUAUGGAAUCUAAGACCCUGUGCCUAACCUGCUAUGCGGAGGGUGAACCUGCCCCCGAGAUGUUCUGGCUCAAGAACGACCGGGAAAUUGUGUCAGGCGGGCAGUACAGCAUCAGGCAUGACCACCAGUGCAUAGCUCUCACCAUCCAUGGGGUCUCCGUUGAGGACUCCGGCCUAUAUAGUGUACUUGUACGUAAUAAGUAUGGUUCUCAAAAUGUUCAUGUGACAGUGAGUGUUUAUAAGCGCGGUGAGAAGCCCAGGGCUGAUGCCAUUGAAAUGUCAUAG